UAUUUUAAGAUGAAUGAAAAUAUAGCUUUAAAGUUGAUUCCGGUAAAAUCUAUAUAAGUAGAAACAAACAUCCAAAGAGAAGGUAGAGUGAAGUUAAAAAGCGAAAAUGGAAGGGGGGAAAGGGGUAUGUACUGUACAAAGUACAAACCACCAUCCAUCCAUUGUUUGAUUAGCUAUGAAUCAAAGAAGCAUCUUCUUCUUCUCCCAGAUCAUCUCCUUAUUGAAAUUUUCAUUCGCCUCCCUAUCUCUGACCGGAGAACUCUCUCUUGUGUUAGUUAACAAGCAAUGGGCUGAUCUCUUUCGCCAAGACUUGCUCUGGAAUGCUGCUCUUCUCACCACUUUUCCUCUCGCUGCUAACAGAAACAGAUGGCCAGGCCAGGCUUGUCCAAAAGGUGGUUCUUUUACGUUUUUUUUAUCACUUCAUUUGAUACAUCAAUUUUUUACUUACAUUUUCAGGAGAUAUACUGCAUUGUAUGUCUGCAAACAUAUCGGUGAAAAUUUGGAUGACGAGAUUGUUGGUCACGUUUAUUUAUUUCUCAAAGAGCAGCUUCAAAUGCCCCCUUUGUCCGGAGUACUUCAUGGAACCAUCAUAGGUGAUCCCAUAGUCCAAGGUCUUAUAAAGUCCAAUGGGAGAGUGUUUGAAAGGCUUUUCACAGACUUCCGCGACUGCUUGAAUCAUGUGGAGUACUCUCAUCUGCCUUUCAACCAGUACCAUCUGCUUGGUUAGCAUAGAAUUACAAAUGUAAACAAGUUCAAGUGUCUGUUUUUCUCCUUUUAAAAAAAAAAUAAGAAGAAUAAUGUAAUUUUGCAAGGCAUAUAAAAAGGAACAUGCCGGACAAAGUUAUGAAUUGUAAAGACUAAUGUUUGAAAUGAAUGUCCUUAGGUUCAACCUCUCAAUUGUAGUUAGCAUUCAGAAAGAGGAGUUCGCAAAUCUUAUACACUUAACUUUAAACUGGUA